CAAAAUACAACAAGUACUCAAACCUCUCUCCUUACUUCUCUCUUAGUAUCAAUUUCUCUCAAUGGCUACUUGUGAAAACUGUUCUUCACUUAACUGUGAACUUAGAAUCAUAAGAGCUAAGAACCUUGACUUCUCCACCAACGGAACUCUAUUUGUUAGAUAUUAUAUCUUGAAUGAAACCAGCGAAAGAAUUCGACUCAAUACCCGGGAAGUAGCAUCAUCGUCUGUGUGUGAUCCAUGUUGGAAUCAUUCGAUAUCUCUCGAAUGUUCGAGAGAUAAGGAUGUUAUUGAUAAACUUAGUCAACAAACUAUAGUGUUUGAGCUCCGAUCAAGAAGUACAAAAUCAAUUUUCGGAAGGUCUAAAGUUUUGGGCACAGCUGAAAUUUCAUGGCUAGAAGUGUUGGAAUCAACUGAGCUAUCAAUUGAGAAAUGGGUUCCAACAAUCUCAAAAAGCAAUAGCAUUUCCGACAAUUCGAAACCCGCUUCAUUGCAAAUCGGGAUGAAGAUUACAGUGCCAGAAACAAUCCAUACAUUGAAAAAUAAGAGCCAAACUCGGUUUUCAACGAAGAACUGGAAGGAGUGUGGAUGUAAACAUGGAGGGUGUACUGAUACAAAUGAGGAUGUUUUUGCGGUUGCUGCAACAUUAGAAGUGUUUUAGGCUUUUCUGAAUCUUUUUUCCCUCCUCAAAAUGUAAAU